GACCAGUAGGAGAUGCAAAAGCGCCGUUAAACACAAGAAGAAGAAGAAUUUGUCUAGAGCAGGUGGAUGUGAUCUGCAGUAAAUCAGUAGGAACUGAUCUGUCCAUGCUGGAUCAUUAAUGAUUUCAUCACAGAAAUCUCUCAGCUGAAGAAAGAGGUGACGUCACUGAAGACAAAGCUGAUGGAGAGAGACGACAGGUUACAGGAGCUGGAAAAGAUUUCCUGUCAAUCUUCAGUGUGUGUGACUGAUGAGACCUCCACAGAAUGUCAGGAUUCAAUGUGGAGCAGCAGAGAUCAGUCCACACCACAGCGAAUGCUGGACAAACUCUCUGAACAGAGAUCCAGAGACACACAGGACUCACAGCUCACUUUACUCUGUUCUACUGACGAUAAUCAGGGUGAUCAAACCUCCACAGAGUCUCUGACUUCUGUCUGUAACGCUGGAGAACAGCAGAUGCUGCAGAUACCAGUGAAGAUGUGUUCAGUGAAGCUGCUGGACUGCAGGAACCUGAUGAAGAUGAGAGGAGAAAUCAAAGUAGAGGGACAACAGAGUAAUGAAGAUGAUGAUGAUAAUGAUCAAACCUCCACAGAGUCUCUGACUUCUGUCUGUAAUGCUGGAGAACAGCAGAUGCUGCAGAUACCAGUGAAGAUCGAAGUGAAGCAGGAGGAGAUAAAAGAAGAAAACACAGUAGAGGAACAACAGAGAGAUGAAGAUCAUUAUAUUUCAUCAGAGCUGAUGGAAGUGAAAGGAAAAUAUCAAGAACUGAAUCAAGUGGAGAACAAACUUCAGUGUCAGAAACCUCAUGAUUUCACAACUGGAGAAAAUUAUUUGAGUUGCUCAAAGACUAAGAAGAUUUUAUCACCAGAAAAGCAUAAAAGAAGAUCAGCCAAAAAUACUUUCACCUGCUUACAGUGUGGAAAGAUUUUCACAAAUAAAAGCCGGCUUAAUAAAUGCAUGAAAGAUCAUAAUGGAGAGAAACCUUACGCAUGCCAUCAGUGUGGGAAAAGUUUUGCAUAUAUAGUUUGUCUAAAAGGUCAUCUCCGCUGUCACUCUGGAGAGAGACCAUUUGAAUGUGAAAAGUGUGGUAAAACAUUUGCUUUGAAUUCAAGACUAAGAAAACAUCUGAAAACUCACACAGUUGAGAAGCCUUACAAGUGUUCUUUUUGUGGAAACCGUUUUGCACACCUGUCCUAUUUGAAAAAGCCCCAGAAAAUACAUACCUGUGUGGGGGUUCAUAGGUGCUUUGAAUGUGGGAAGACCUUUAUUACAGCUGGCAGCAUGAAACAACACCAAAGAAUUCAUACUGGAGAAAACCCUUACAAGUGCUCACACUGUGAAAAGAGUUUCACUCAGUCACAAAACCUGAAAAAACACGAGAGAAUCCAUACUGGAGAAAAACCUUACAAGUGCUCACACUGUGAAAAGAGUUUCACUCAGUCACAUCACCUGAAAAAACACGAGAGAAUCCAUACUGGAGAAAAACCUUACAAGUGCUCACACUGUGAAAAGAGUUUCGCUCAGUCACAAGACCUGAAAAAACAUGAGAGAAUCCAUACUGGAGAAAAACCUUACAAGUGCUCACACUGUGAAAAGAGUUUCACUCAGUCACAAAACCUGAAAAAACAUGAGAUAAUCCAUACUGGAGAAAAACCUUACAAGUGCUCACACUGUGAAAAAAGUUUUACUCAGUCACAUAACCUGAAAAAACACGAGAUAAUUCAUACUGGAGUGAAACCAUACAAGUGCUCACAUUGUAGAAAGAGUUUCACUUGGUUACAUUGCCUGAAAGCACAUGAGAGAAUUCAUACUGGAGAGAAACCAUACAAGUGCGCACACUGUGAAAAGAGUUUCACUCAGUCACAAAACCUGAAAAAACAUGAGAGAAUCCAUACUGGAGAGAAAUCAUACAACUGCUCUUCAUGUGGGAGAAGUUUCAGGGAAGCAAGUAAUCUACAUAGACAUGUAAAAAAGAAUUGCCCAAGUAGACACACUGAGCAAAAAUCAUCUUCAGGUCAAUCAAGAUUAAGUAAAUAGUUGAACCCAAAGAUGGAAUUUUUCCAAAUUGAGUAGCUUCCUCUAAGAAAAUUAGUGAUGUUUUGUUUGUGAACUACAUCCAUACACUAACUUAGACUUCAAGUUCACUGACUUCACUCCCUUUCGAAGCCAGUGAGCUUUAGUUUGAUGAGUGAGAAUGCUUCAGUAUUUUUUAGUACCUGUAAAGACUGAUUAUAGUGAAAGCAAAUAGGAUUUGAGUCCAGGAGCAAUAACUGGUUUCAUCGGCUGAACGAAUACACCACUGAAUCAGUUGAUUUGGUUGUUUGAGUCUGAACUAGAUGAGACCUCUCGUUCAUGAAUGAACUGAAUGUACUGGUACAAUCGUUCACAAACUAAAUGAAUUAAUCACUCAUUCAUUUCGUUCGUGAACAAAGAUUUGCUGGCUGGCAAAAUGAAAAGAGGCAUUUUGUUGUUCAGCCAGUCAUGUUCAACAAUGUGAGAGGGGUGAGCUUUGAAAUACAGUAUGUAUUCUUUGUAAUGAACCAAGAGGUCAAUGUGUGAUGUUUUGAUCUUCCAUUGGUCACGUGUCCUCUUGUCUUGCAGAUUUGCAGUUCAGAGUUCACCAACUUAAACUUUAGAUAUGCAGCUGUAACAAAUUCUGCUCUCUUGGGUAAUGGAGGAGUCAGGAGGCAACGAAGCAGUGCAGGCAAGACUUUUUAUUUUUCUGCCUCAGGUUCUGUACACAGUCUGUUCACGUAGGUUCAACACUCAAUCAGAUAACAAAAGAAAAGAUUUUUAAACUGUCAGUUCAUGGAAACACUCAGUAAACGUUGAGUUUGUGAUCUCUCUCUCUCCCCCCUCUGGUGAGCUGGUGCGGCUUUUGAGUCUCCAUCAUUACUACAGCAAGAGACAGGUGUUAUAGAUAAUUACAACCCAGAUGACGAGCCUUACCGCUCUCUUUCUCCCGCAAACAGACACAUGACCAGGGCCUCAUCCCCACAUAUCCCCACUGCCCAACUCAGGCCAGGGCAACAUCUGGACUGCCAACUGCCCCCCCCAUUUAUGGAGAGGAAUUCAACCACAGCCCUCUGUGCUCCUGGUCUGUGGAUCACUUCAAAUUUGAAUGGCUGAAGUGCCAGGUACCAACGGGUGAUCCGUGUGUUGGUAUCUUUCAUGCGGUGGAGCAAUUGGAGUGGGGUGUGAUCUGAACAGAUGGUGAAGCCCGCCCCAGCAGGUAGUAGUGGAGAGUGAGGAUGGCCCACUUGAUCGCCAGACACUCCUUCUCCACGGUGCUGUACUUAGUCUCUCUCAGCGAAAGCUUAUGACUAAUGUACAGCACCGGUCACUCCUCCACCUCCUGUGAGAGCACUGCUCCCAGCCCCCUGUCCGAUGCAUCCAUCUGCAAAAUAAAGGGGAGAGAGAAGUUAGAAGCAUAUAAAAGUGGCCCCCCACAAAGUGCAGACUUUUAUCUUUAGAAAAGCCUGUUGGCAUGACUCGGUCCAAUGGACUGGAUCAGGGGUCCCCUUUCUAGUAAGAUCAGUCAGUGGGCUGAUGACAUCAGAGUAACUAGGCACAAACCUUCAGUAGUAGCCAGCCCCAGAAACUCUCACAUCUCCUUUUUGGCCUUGGGCCUCGGACAGGCUGUGAUCGCUGCGGUUUUGUCAACUUGGGGACACACCUGCCCGUGGCCCAAGUGGAACCCCAGAUACCGAACUCCCACCUGCCCAAUUGCGCACUGCUUGGGGUUGGCCGUGAGCCCCGCCCGUCGCAGUGAUCUUAGGACAGCUCUCAGAUGUUGCAUAUUCCACUGCCAGUCAUUAUUAUAUAUAAUAAUAUCAUUUAAAUAUGCAGCGCCAUAUGCUGUAUGGGGUCUGAGGAUUUUGUUCCUUGAGACGCUGAAACAUGGCUGGGGCCCCGAACAAACUGAACAGAAGAGUCACGAAUUGGUGUAAACCGAAUGGUGUGGAAAAAGCCAUUUUUUUUCCAGGAGAUUGGAGUUAAAGGGAUCUGCCAAUAACCCUUUGUUAAAUCCAGUGUCGAAUAAAAUUGAGCCCAGCCCAACCGAUCGAGCAAUUCGUCAAUCCGAGGCAUUGGAUACAUGUCAAAUUUGGACACCGUGUUCAUUUUGCGAUAGUCUACACAGAACCGGACCGACCCGUCGCUCUUAGGCACCAGAACCACCGGGCAGGCCCAAUCGCUAUGCGACUCUUCUAUUAUGCCCAUAUCAAGCAUCGCCUCUAAUUCUUCCUUAACAACCUUUUUUUGUGUUCAGGAAGGCGAUAGGGGCGGCUAUGACUCACCACUGGGGUGGUCUCAUAUGGUUUUCUGUGAGGUUUGUGUGACCGGGGAGAGGCGAGAAAACAUCCGCAAAUUCCGUUUGCAACUUCUCCACGUCUGUGAGCUGCAAUGGUGAGAGGUGGUCUCCACAAGGGACGGGGGUAAAUGAAUUUGGUUUGAGAGUCAACUCUGGCCCGAGCUCCGCCCUCUCGGGGACUACCGUCGCCAGGGCCACAGGGACCGCCUCCCUCCAUGCUUUUAGGAGGUUGAGAUGGUAAACUUGACGUGCCCCAACCCUAUCCGUUCACUUAACCUCAUAAUUGAGAUCUCCGACUCGCCGUGUGACCUCAAAGGGCCCUUGCCACUUGGCGAGUAAUUUAGAGCUUUAGGUGGGCAGUAAUACAAGCACUUUAUCUCCCGGUGAGAAUUCCCGUAGUCGAGUGCCCCUGUCAUACAGUCGGCUUUGAUGUUCCUGAGCUCGGAGCAAAUUCUCCUGUGUUAAUUGACCCAAGGUGUGGAGUUUUGCUCCGAGAUCAAGAACGUACUGAAUUUCAUUUUUACUGUUUGAAAGUCCCUCCUCCCAAGCUUCCUGUAUGACGUCGAGGACGCUGUGCAGCCGACGCCCAUAUAGUAGCUCGAAUGGGGAAAACCCUGUGGAGGCUUGCGGGACCUCUCGCACUGCAAAUAAAUACGGGUAUGUGAGUGUGACGUCAGGCCAGAGUUGUUGACCAUUGAUUACACUCUCUUGGUCAUACGCGUGCUUGAGAGAGUCGUCCCGUGACUUCUCUUGAGGGAAAUCCUCCUCAGGGAAUCCCCUGAGGACGGGAACUCUCUUUUCUGCGUCAUCAUGACGCGGAGCAGACGUAGAUGGCCCUAGCACCGCCUUUCCAGCCAUAGCAUCGCACAUCACACACUGAGACAACACUAUACAGGACCCAUCCACACAUAUUUCCCUUAAUAGAUUCUUAAAGCCAGGCCAAUUAGUUCCCAAAAUCAGUGGAUGGGUGAGGCGGGAAUUAACCACGGCCUCUACUCUAUUCUAUUUUCCCCUUAAUAAUAUCUCAAUGGUAACCACUGGAUACCUGUGAAUAUCCACGUGCACACACCGCACCCUUACGCGUUUAUCCAUGCCAAAUGCCCCGUCUUGCACCAAGCGUUGGUGAAUGGAGGUUUGAGAACAGCCUGAAUCCACCAAUGCGUGGUAUGUAUCCCCUUUUAGACUUACUGGUACACGAUACGCCCCUGCCCGAUCGGGGGGCGGCCUGCGGAGCAUCAGGGGUCCAGACAUAGGGAUGUCGCCACCUCCAUCGCUGAGCACUGAUCCUGGAAGUGCCCGACUUCCCCACAGCCCCAGCAGACUGGCCCAGGCCUCCUUACCUCACUUGUGGGGGCGGUCCCACCAAUCUGGGAAGGAGAGCAGAGAGAGACCGGAAAAGUGGGAGAUACGAGGAAGGACCCCUUAGUUCGGGGAGGGGUU